CAGAGUGUAUGAAAAGUGAAUGAGCAUGACUGUAUUCCAGUACAACUUUAUUUUAAGCUUUUUUGCCCCACAAAGAGUAGUUCACCACUCCCCUACCUCUUUCUAGUUGAAUAUAAGGCCACUCUGGUAGAGUGGAUGUUGCAAAUAAAUACUAUACAUGGACCAUGAAAGUAGUUUUGUUAGAUUAAUGGGGUUAUGGGUAAUUGGUAAUAAUUAUUAUGUUUACUUUAGUUAUACUCUUCCAUUAAAUUAUAAAUUCUUAGAAAAUACAACUGAGGUUGCGGGUUGCGGUGCAGACAUGGCCAAGUCCAUGAACCACACCACAGACAACCAGUCUCAAAAGUGGCACAGAAAUGGCAUCAAGAAACCCCAAUCACAAAGAUAUGAAUCUCUUAAGGGGGUAGAUCCCAAGUUCCUGAGGAACAUGCACUUUGCCAAGAAGCACAACAAGGGCCUGAAGAAGAUGCAGGCCAACAAUGCCAAGGCCGUGAGUGUACGUGCUGAAGCUAUAAAGGCCCUUAUAAAGCCCAAGGAGGUUAAGACCAAGAUUCCAAAGGGUGCCAGCCGUAAACUCAGUCAACUUGCCUACAUCGCCCACCCGAAGCUUGGGAAGCGUGCUCAUGCAUGCAUUGCCAAGGGUCUCAGGCUCUGCCGGCCAAAGGCCAAGGCCAAGGAUCAGACAAAGGCCCAAUAUGCUGCUUCAUCUGCAGCUCGAGCUUCAGUUCCAGCUCAGGCUCCCAAAGGUGCCCAGGCCCCCACGAAGGCUCCAGAGUAGAGGCAUCUGUCUUCCAUGAGGACAAAAGGACUGGUGUGACCUCUAGGCUGCUGUCUGGAUGGGGAUGGGGUC